AUGAUGAUUGAAGAUGAGGUGCCAAAUGAGCGUGUCACUAUGGAUGGGGUCCAGAUCGCCAAAAAUAUUACUGAAGGACUUAAGACUGAAAUUGAAAGGUUGCAAAAUAGAUUUUCUACAACUUCAAAGCCAAAGCUAUUAUAGCCUGAGAACGAUUUUGACUCGGGCUUUCAUAUCUUUCCUGACGCAAAAAAGGGAAAUUGUUUAAGGAACUCCCCAAUGGCAGAACAAUUUGCUAUAGGUUUCUGCAAUUUAAAAAUUGGUUUGAUCAAUAUAGUUGCUGAACCAAGUCCUUUUCUCCCUUCUGGAAGACAGAUAACCAGAGCCACACAAUUUUGCUCAGGCUAUAUGUAUAAAUGUUGGAAAUCGAAUUGAGAGUCGUACUUAUACUUCCAACAAGCAAAAAGCUUGUGAAAAAAUAGGUGGAUUAUUAGAAAUCAUUAAUUUCGAAGAAACUGCGACAUAUGAGCAAAUAGCUCAAACUAUUGAACAAGCUAAUAAAGAUGAUUCUGUAAAUGGAAUUUUAGUGCAGUUACCACUGCCUAAAAGCUUGAAUGAAUGCUCUAUACUUGAUCUUAUAUCUGAAGAAAAAGACGUAGACGGCUUAACAAGUAUAAAUAUCGGAAGACUGACUACAAAAGGCAGAAGUACAACAUUUUACCCUUGUGCUCCUUUAGCAGCUGUUCUUCUUUUGAAGAAUUAUGGAAUAGAAAUAAGUGGAAAGCAUGCAGUUGUCAUAGGAAGAAGCAAUUUGGUAGGGAUUCCUUUACUUAUGAUGCUGCAGAAAGAAAAUGCAACAGUGACUCUUUGCCAUACUUAUACUCAUAACUUGAGAGAAUUUACAAGAAAUGCAGAUAUUAUUGCAGUGGCUGUUGGGAAGCCAGGAUUUCUUAAAGAAGAUAUGGUUAAAGAAGGCUGCACUGUAAUAGACUUUGGAAUAAAUGUAGUUCCAGAUAAUAGCGAAAAAGGAUUUCAUUUAACUGGAGAUGUUGAUUAUAACUCAGUAAGCCAAACAGCUAAUUAUAUUUCUCCAGUUCCAGGAGGAGUUGGUCCAAUGACAGUUGCUAUACUUUUGAGUAAUUUAGUCUUAAGCUGAAAACAAACCUUAAGGUUAUAA